CAGCACCGGGGUUGCCUUCUCAUUCUGCGAUCCUUCGUCCAAUUUACGGUUGGGGCUCGCAUUUCUCCAUCCGACACAUAGAACUGCGCGCCGCUUUCAGCUCCCGGAAAUUCCCAAGCCAUGUCUGCUCCAAGAGUGCUCAUAUUCGGCACCGGGAGCCUGGGCGCGUGCUACGCAUGGGUGCUCUCGCGGGUCCUGCCGGCGUCGCAUAUCACCGCCGUCUGUCGGUCGAACUACGAGGAGGCGCGCCGAAACGGCUUCACGAUCAACUCGGAGCUCUGGGGCAAUAACCUCAACGUGCGGCCUCGCGUCUCGCGGACCGUGUCUGACGCCGUGCGACAGCUCCGACUGGAGCAACAGCAACAGCAACAGCAACAAGAUACGAUAUCCGACACGGCAUCGUCGUCCCCGUCGUCCUGUUUCGACUACGUCAUCGUAGCCACCAAGGCAGUACCUACGACGCCCACGGCGGCGGAGCUGAUUGCGCCGGCGGUCGUCCCAGGGCGGACGGCGAUCGUGCUCCUGCAGAAUGGGAUCGGGAUCGAGGCGACGUUCGCUGCGCGGUUCCAACCGGCGAACGCGGUGCUCAGCGCCGUUGCGUAUCUGCCGGCGACUCGUGUUGGUCCCACUGUUGUCCGCCACACCGAGGUCGAGCGUCUCGAGGUCGGCACGUACCCGUCGACGGCGCCGGCGGCGCACCGCGAGGCCGCAGAGCGCUUCGUCGCGCUGCUCGGGACCGCCGGCGCCACGGCCCGCUUGCGUGACGAUAUCCAGCGCUCGCGCUGGGCGAAGCUGCUAGUCAACGCGAGCUGGAACCCCGUGUGCGCGCUCACGCGGCUGCGGGACCGCCAGUUCCUGGAUGCCACCUCUUCCUCGUCUCCGUCUCCGCCCCCGUCUUCUCUUGGUGGAGUGCAGGAUGGAGGGGAAGAUGACGGCAGGCAGUUUAUCGAAGACGUGAUGCACGAGAUUGCGGCGGUGGCGCGGGCGCGCGGGUACACCGAUGUAGACGCAGAGCUCGUCACGCGGCAGGCCUCGAGGGCGGCCGCACGCGACCCACCUGGCGUCGAGCCGAGCAUGCUGGCCGACGCGCUCCAGGGCCGCACCCUCGAAGUCGAGGCCAUCGUCGGCAACGUCGUGCGCAUGGCGCGCCAGGAACGCGUCCCCGUUCCCAUGCUCAGGACCGUAUACUUCCUCGCCAAGGGGCUGAACGAGGGGAUUGUCUCCCGCGCCAAGGCGGCGGCAGCGGCGGGGGCGAGCGAGGGGAAAGGGGGCGAAGGUUCUUGAUUUGGAGGAGGGGGCAGGGGCGGACUAUUUAUAUGUAUAUACGAAUAGACACAAAACGUGAACAUACAGAAACGCCUAUUUUGUGGAGAGAUUCUCCCAAGUGUGUCUGGCAUCGCCAGGCUUGUUUGUAUGUUCUCUUGUGUUUUUGUUA